CGCGCGCACCUCCGCCAUUCUGCUUUCAGUACCGACCGAAGCCUCCAGUCGAAUACUAAAAUCGACAGAAAUGUACCAAACCCGUGUUAACAGUGGCUUCUCGAAACGGAAUUGAUCGGUAGAAACAGGACCGUUGCGGUACAGGAUCGGAAACUAAGGGAUGUCGCCGCUUAUUAAACUGCUGCGGCGAUGGCGCCGACAAGCCGCGGGGGAGGCGCCUGCCGAGGAGGAUGCAGGCGAAGAGGCGGGCGGAUCAACGGCAUCGCCCGGCACCGAGGCGCCCACCGUCGCGGCCACCACAGAGACGAUGGUCGAGAAGACAGCGGAGAUCGCUCACAAGCUCAACAUGGAGACGUGGCAACUGGUUGCUAUCCUCGUGGGAGUCGCGGUGGUGGUGCUCGGCAUAUGCUUCUGCUGCAUCAGACGAUGCUUCCGCAAGAGGCGUUCCAAAGAUGGCAAGAAGGGCAUGAAGGGCGUCGUCGACCUCAAAUCCGUCCAGCUCAUCGGCUCAGCGUACAAGGAGAAGGUUCAGCCGGACAUGGAGGAGCUCACCGAAAACGCCGAGGAGCCGGACGACGGCGACUCCAAGAAGGAAGAACAGAAACUAGGGAAGCUACUCUAUAAGCUCGAAUACGAUUUCAACAGCAACAGUCUCUCUGUGACUGUGAUUAAAGCAGAAGAUCUUCCAGCUCUGGACAUGGGAGGAACUUCUGAUCCCUACGUAAAGGUCUACCUACUCCCCGACAAGAAGAAGAAAUUCGAAACCAAAGUCCAUCGGAAAACUCUCAGUCCCGUCUUCAACGAAACGUUCGUCUUUAAGAGCGUUCCAUACGCCGACGCGAUGAACAAAACGCUAGUGUUCGCGAUCUUCGACUUCGAUCGGUUCUCCAAACACGACCAGAUCGGCGAGGUGAAGGUACCGCUGUGUCAGGUGGACUUGGCACAGACCAUAGAGGAGUGGCGCGAGCUUCAGAGCGUGGAAGGCGAAGGGGGGCAGGACAACAAGCUGGGAGACAUUUGUUUCUCCCUGCGAUACGUGCCCACGGCCGGCAAGCUCACGGUCGUCAUCCUCGAAGCCAAGAACCUAAAGAAAAUGGAUGUCGGCGGCCUAUCAGAUCCGUACGUAAAGAUAGCACUCAUGCAAAACGGCAAACGACUCAAGAAGAAGAAGACAAGCAUCAAGAAAUGCACACUGAAUCCCUAUUACAACGAGUCAUUUACUUUUGAAGUACCAUUCGAACAAAUACAGAAAGUGAAUCUAGUGGUAACGGUGGUGGAUUACGAUCGCAUCGGCACGUCGGAGCCGAUCGGCAAGGUGGUGCUGGGGUACAAUGUGCAGGGCACGGAGCUGCGCCACUGGUCGGACAUGCUGGCCAGUCCGCGGCGCCCCAUCGCGCAGUGGCACACGCUCAAAGAUCCCGACGAUGGAGAGAAGAAGGACUAAAGUGUCUCAGGAUUUCAUCGGUUUCCAUAAUGGUGAUGAAGAUCGACGACAACUUCCGAGAGAAGACGUACCUACCAUCUUACAAGAUCGAAGAGUAUUUUAGUUCGUACUAUAAAUUUAAAUAUUUUGCUAGUUACAAAAAUAUCCAGGAUAAUUUGAAUGAGAAAAUAUUUAUAUUAUAUUAGGUACGUUAAUAUUUUUCGCUAUUGCGUCGGCGGCUAUAAAAUUGGCUGUUUAAUGUCGUUCCUUUGUUUACAAAUAUGGCUUAAUUAAGUAGGUGUUUACCUAUUGGCUAAGUACUUUCAACAACUUACCCACGUGUCUUUCAAAAGUUACCGGUCGGUAAACUUGCAAAAUAUUUUCGAAAUCUAAAAAUAUAACUAUUUUACUUUGAAUUCCAUCGUAUCCUAAAACAAAAUCUAGAUGGACAGAGGAAUGAUGGCCGUAUCGGAUAAAUGGGGGUUGAGAUGUCGUGACUAUUGCAAUAAAUGUCAAAAUUUUGACUCCCCAGAAUAAGUAAAUUAAAACUAUAGGGUCGGGUGGGGUAAGAGAAACACCAGGGCAAGGGAAACACUUGUAUGGAAUCUUCAUACUGUUUCUCUUACCCCAAGCAAAUCACUUACCCAACUUGAGCUUAUCAAAAUUUUCUUGAAAACAAAUUAAUUUCCGAUUGUUUUAACGUUAACGUUUUUUUUGCUUAGGUACAUAAAAUCCAAAAUGUGAAACCGCUAAGACCUAGUCGAAAAUGGACAUUUAUGUCGACACAUAAAUAAUACUCGUAUAAGUAAAUUGUUGUGAAACCGGCGGGGAUAGAGUGCGGAGUAGGGAUCAUAGUCCGGUAGACCCCCUUGCUUCCACGAUAGCGUACGAAGUUUGCAAAACAGUUGAAAGCCCUUCUACUGCGUUACGAUGCGUCCACAUCUUGCGAAUAUGUACGCGAUUCGUGAAUAUUCGUAAAAGGAUCGCCAGCAGUGUGAAAGCGGCGGUUGGCACACGAGCGACGCAUUCGCCAGUUUUGGACGGUUCUUUACCAACUUAAAAAGCGGUAUGGAUAUAAUAAAUCCAUUAGUUAAUACCUACUACUUUUUAAAAUGGUGUGGUAGAUUUGUGAAUUAAGCCUGUAAGCACUAGCGUCUAUGUACACACUGGCAUCUCUCUCGAUCUUAAAAAAUAUUUUUAAGUGUUAAAAAAAUAAAUGUAAUAAACGCUAGUACUAGGCAUGGGAGUUUGGGCUUUCGUGUGACAUAGUUUUAAGUGGAAAGAUUCACUUGAAUUGCCUAUUUAUAUAUUUAUUUCAUGUAAAACGCUGGGUGGUGGGGCAAUAGACCUAAAUAUUUUUACUUGUUACGUAAAUUAAUUGAUAUAUAAGUAGUUACUUACCAAGAAACAUUUCUUGAAAAGCUGACACUUACCUGAAAUAAAAUAAACAGGUAGCUCUAAACAAAUGUACAUUAUUAUAUUACAUUGUUUUAGAGAAAGGGUAAAAUGGGGUAAGUAACAGAGAUAUAAUAAUAUACUAACAAAGAGAGCUUUUAAAAUUAUCUAUCCAAAUUAUGAAUAAUGAACGUAACACCUCGGUCCUUUCUUAUCUAUUAGUGGAUAAGGGACAGAUACUCUGCGUGAACAAUCAGGCCAAUUUGAACGUGUCAUUCAGUUAUCGUGCAUUUCGCUAGUAUUUGUCCGUACAUACCUACCUACUUAUUGGAGCAAGCGCGACGCACGAUAAUUAAAUAACAUACAUACAAAAUAUUAUUCUGAUGUACCUACGUUCAAAUUGUCCUGAAUGUCGAGUUUGUUUACUGGUGUACCAGGAGCGCAGAAGAAUAAUGAAGUUUGCUUAGUUUAGUGUAUCUGUCAGAUGAAAUGUUAAACGCUCCGCAAGCGCGACUUGUAUGCGAUGUACUACGUCGUAGCCCGUAGCCCGUAGCCCGUAGGAAGUUAUCCCGCAUGUACAGGAAAAUAUCGCUAACUGCGCCCGGCCCGCUAUGGACCGGCAAUUACUUAGGCCCUAUCUCGAUAAUCGAAAUUUCGUUAUCUGCCUCUCUAUCACUCUUGCAUGUAGAGAGGCAGAUAACGAAAUUCCGAUUUUCUAUUAUCGCGGUAGGUAGAACCUCUGAUAUAUUUCGAACUGCCCGUGAAUCUCGCUCGCGCUUGUAAUAUAUUUAUGCGAGCACGCUUCACAGAGAGUAAUAAUUAAAAAACAGAUUUUUAAAAUGAAACCGUAAAAAUAUGAUAACAUCAGUGCGUUUUCGUUCACAUAUGGAGAUCAACGGACUGAAAUCUGUAUCAAAAAGGUAUACUUUCCGAUUACUUCAAAGAGCGUACUCCCAACAUAAAGGCCGGCUAACACACUUGCAGCCCCUGGUGAUGCAGGUGUCUGUGAACGACGGUAAUUACCGUCAUGUCGACAUGUUUACCAUCGUAAGCAAAUUGCUUAGGAUGGUAAACAUGCGACUCGUCUGCUCGUUUGCAUCUUAGGUAUAUCAUUAAAAAAACGUAAACAAUAGAAUUUUAGGUCUCUGCCCCGUCGACCUGGCGCUAAAAUCUUUAUAACAUACUAUGACCAUUGAACUAUUAUUAACGUAUAGAACCGGCACAGAGAACCAGUAUUUUGCGCCAUAAGUUGCUGCCGUUUUGGCAUCAAACCAUAGAAGCGGAACGUGAAUCUCGCGACCUAAACGCGUAAGUGCCAUGAAUGUUACGGCGCUUACUACGUUUCGGUCGCGUGGUACAGGUUGUGAUUGCGACAAUUUCAUUGUUUGGUAUGUCGUCUCUAUAGUAGUAAUAACUCAGUGACUAUGACUAUGUAAAUAAGUUACAUCGUGUUAAAUUUACAACAUUCUAUUUUACUAUCGUAAGUGUUAUAGUAUUGAUACCCUUUUAUUAUGGUAAAGUUCCUCCAUGAACGAGAAAAUCCUUAUAUUUUAUUAUAAUUAGCAGAGGCACCAUCGAAACUUAAAACUAGAUCGAUAAAUUAAAUCGCGUUUCUUUGCCCUUGAGUGUAAAAAGGGUUCUGUAGAGAUUGCUCGCUUGAAAUCUCUAUGCUAAAACUUGUACCAAACAAUAAACGUAUCUAUCUAAUUUAUUUUACUACAAAAAAGUAACAUAUUUCCAAAAAGAAGAAAACUACACAGAAGAAUUUUUUUAUAUAAAAAAUUUGGAUUCUUUCUCUUUCUGCGAGGAACAAUUAGGCCUAUUGAAUUUAUCUUUUAAUUUUAAGUCAUUUCAUAACAUUCCCACCGCAUUUUCAAAGAAAAGUCCAUCAAAAUAGUUGAAUAUAUAAUUAUGUUAGUUAAUUCAAUCUAGGUAAUUUAUUAUGUUUGCGAAAAAAUAUUAAUAAUACAUAGCAAAUGGCGACUCAAAACCGUGGAUCAUCGAAACUAGUCAAACUUACUUAUAGACCACGAUAAUAAACUUAUAAUGUAUUGUUAAAUAGUUAGAAUGUAAUAAUUGAUCCCUUACCAUAAUUAUUCAUGGUUAGGCAGGUUUAAUUUAUUUAAUUGUGUUUUAAUCAUAAGUAAUUAUUCCAGUUUAGGCUCAUUACAUCAUAUCCAACUAAACGAGAGGGAUGCAGCUAUAUGUCAGAAAGAAAAGACUAUAUUUCUAUCUUGCACUAAUGUGGCUGGAUCUCUUUCCAUCAGACAGUUGAGAGAUGUAAUAAAAUCUUAACGUGACGUCUGAUAAGUGAAUCAAGAAUAUAACUUAUACCUAGCUAAAGCUUGACUGUUGUUGAUCUCAAACCUAUGUGUUAUCGUGUAUAUAAUGUAAUCACAUGUUAAAUUUCACAAUCACUUUAUAUCAAUGUAUAGGAGUAACGAAAGGGCUUCAAGUACAUUAGCUGUGCACCAACACGAAACAAGUAGAAAUAGACGAGGUUCCAAUUAAGCGAACAAUAAAUAUAACUAUUGUUAAUAUAGAUUGUACAGCCGACCCCAACAGAUUCACCGUACACACAUUACGCAAAAAAAUAAACUUCAGUCAUAUUUAAUUUCAUAUUUGUGUUACUUUGGUUACUUUCAUAUUAUAUUGGUGUAACGGUGAAUGUUUUGGGGUCAUUCCUAUUAAAAUUAUAAAGGCACGCCAGUACAGCGGUCGGGCCUCAGUAGUAUGACAAUAUGGACAUUCAGCGCUAUUUAUGAAAUUUUGUAAACGUAAUGAUAAAUUGCAAUAUGUGAAUAAUCUCUAAUAUAAAACCACACUUUGAAAUUAUAGAUGAGACAUUUGUAUUUUCAAGCUGUUUAUGACCGUGGUCUUCUUAUAUUAAAUGGGGACAAUUAUAUAUGUCAACAUUACCUAUUUCAAGUAGAUGUACUUCUCAAUACCUUUAAAUUAAAUAUUGUACAUGUUGGUAUUGGUGUGUUGAGCAGUUGUAAUAUUACUUGCUGUUUGUUACAAAAUUUAAAAUUGAAAUUUGCUGAACUAGAAUUGUAUAAAUGUAACCAAAAAUUUAAAAUAUAAAUAUAAUUUACUGUAAACUUGGUUGAAUCUAAAUUAAAGCAGGGUUUAUCUUAAAUUCAUUAACAAGUCAUCUUGCACUGCACAUAAUACCCUAUUUGCUGAUUUCGUUUACACAUAUGUCAUCAGUAUUUGUAUAGGUAUUGUAGCCCUAAAAAAGGUAUAUAUAUAUUAGUAAAAAUUGAUAAACUUGUCAUAUCACUUGCCACUUAAAUAAAAAUCAUUAUUAGUUUAUGUUGCAUUUGUUUACAGUUUUUGUAGAAAUUAUAGAAUUUUGUUAUAAAACAUAUUAUAAUUUUAACUAGAGUUUAUAUUAGUAAUGAAUUAUGUAAGCUACAAAGAAUGUCUAUAAUACAUAAUUACAUAGA